UGUCGUUUUGAUAGAACGACUAAAAUUGCCAUGACACUAAUGAGCUCUGGUUUCGCACUUCCAUGGGAAAAAACAGAAAUCAGAUUGUGAAUAACAGAAGUUCAAGAAAUCAGAUUUUGAAUACAAAUAAUCGUCAAAUUGUAUCAACGUUACAUGAUCGGUGUGUUGCGUUUGUAUAUGAUAUAAAAAAUGAAAAUGUAUAAGCUAUGGUUCUUUUUUUCGAUUGGAAUUAUUAUUUCUCUCAUCAAAUCGUCGUCUUCUUCCUCCGUUUCUCUCCUUGGAAUUCCUCCUCAAGAUGAGGAUUACUUCAAAAAAGAGACUAUAAACUGCGAGAAUGGAUCCAAGAAGUUCACUAUAGCUCAACUGAAUGAUGAUUUUUGUGAUUGUCCUGAUGGCACUGAUGAGCCAGGAACAUCGGCAUGUCCACAAGGAAAAUUCUUUUGUCGCAAUGUCGGGCAUGUUCCUAUUUCUUUACCUUCUUCAAGAGUGAAUGAUGACAUCUGUGAUUGCUGUGACGGGAGUGAUGAAUAUGAUGGUAAAACUAAGUGUCUAAAUACAUGCUGGGAAGUUGGCAAAGCGGCCCGAGAGAAAUUGCAGAAAAAGAUUGACAUGUAUAAAGAAGGUGUCCCCUUACGGAAAAUGGAAAUUGGACAAGCAAAACAUGAAAUAGCCAGUGAUAAGGAGGAAUUGUCGAUAUUGAAAAAUGAAGAGAAAACUCUAAAAAGAGUUGUCAAACAGCUCCAGGUAUACAAGGAGCAAAUUGAGAAGGCGGAGGAAAAAGAACGCGUAGAGAAAGAAAAAGAAGAGCAGAAUAAAGCAGAGGUAAAAGAACGACUUGAGGAAGAAAACAAAGAGCUGUCUAAAACACUUGUUGAGGAUGAGGCUGGAGACAGUUCUGAUGAUGAACAAAAGAAAACCUCUAGCUCUGCUGAUGAUCAAAUCGGGACAGUAGAUGAACUGCCACUAGAUAAGCAUGAGAAAGAGGAAUAUGGAAAUAUGGCAAAGAUAUCAGAUGAUGAAUCUAAAAGUACCGAGGGCUUGUCAGGAGAAGAGCUUGGUCGCGUUGUUGCUUCACGCUGGAUGGGAGGAAACACUGGAAACCAGGAAGAUGAGCAUGAUUCUGAAAAUAACCAUGGAAGCAGCAAGGAGACUUCAGAGAGCACUAAUGAUGAAGUUUAUGAUAACAGUAAUGACAAGGAAUUUUCUACAGGAAAUGAUCCCGAAAGUUCCAAUUCCAUAUACAAGUCUCUCUUGGAGGAGGAAAAAGGGAUAUCCUCCUUGAGUAUCCCAUCAUUGUUUAAAAGGAUAAAAAAUACUGCUCGAAACAUUUUUCAGUUAAUUAAAGUUUCACCAUCUCCUGUAGAUAAAUUAGAGGCAGAUCGCAUUAGGAAGGAGUUUGAUGAUUCCACUACAAGGUUGUCCGAUAUAGAGGCAAGGAUAUCAAGUUUGACAGAAAAGUUAAAACAUGACUUUGGUAAAGAGAAUGAGUUCUACACAAUGUAUGAUAAAUGCUUUGAAACCAAGGAGGACAAGUAUGUGUAUAAAGUUUGCCCAUUUAAAGAAGCAUCCCAGGAGGAGGGCUACCAUAAAACCCAAUUAGGGGAUUGGGAAAAAUUUGAAAAUUCAUAUCGCGUCAUGGUGUUUUCAAAUGGCCAGAAAUGCUGGAGUGGACCUGAUAGAAGUCUAAAGGUGAAGCUUAGGUGUGGACUGAAAACCGAGCUGACUGAUAUCGAUGAACCAAGUCGCUGCGAAUACACAGCUUUGAUGACCACACCUGUUCUUUGUCUAGAAGAAAAACUUGAGGAAUUGAAGCAUAAACUUGAAGAUAUGCUCAAAGAACAACGAGAUGCCCAUGACGAGUUGUAGGCUACGCAUAUCCAUUAGCAUAUGCUCCAGAGCUUAUACUCUCAAACCCCUUAUCGAGUCUCCAACUCCAGCUUAUUCUCACAUAUGGCCGAGAAAAAAGUUUGAGAAUUUUCAACUGGAGUUAAUUUAGUAUUACUAAUUUUCGCUAAAAUAGUCGGAAUUUAGAUCAUUUACCAUUGUUUUGGCCCGGUAUAGAGACUUUUCUUCUUAUAGAUAUUUUUAAAAAGAAUUUGAUGAAAAUGGAGGAAAUUUUGAUGGAGCUUGAUUUGCACGCAUUAAAGGAUAUUUAGCAAUACUCUUUUCUAUUUUCACACUGUUACAUAUUCUAUCUUCAACUUUUUAAAGACUAUGCCUUAAACAAAGGAGCGGUCUAAAUUAAUGUAUUGCAAUUAAUGUAGAGGAGUAUAUAAACUUAUGGGUUCUGUUUGUACUCUUUAAGUUAUUCUUUGUUGAUAUCAUUCACCAUUAUUGGAUGAAAAGAAUGGACGACCGAGUUUUGUUUAUA